AUGUCGAAUGUUUGUGACUCCCAUUUAGGCGCGCAUGGAGCGUACGGUAAGACCAUGUAUUAUCUCUGGCUGAGGGCUAAUGACAAUGCUAAAGGCGUUUCAACUAUUCCUGAUUUUGCAAGAUUUUGUAAAAACACAAAGUUUGAUCACCGUGCAUUUAAUCCUGAGUGGCGAUGUGAACCCAAGCCCUGCAAAGGUAACCCAACAUGGAACUUGGGAAAUGAAAUGCGGCUUGGUAAAGAAGCUGGUCAAGAUGUGUAG